GUAUUCGUUUAGAGUCGAGGUCGAUCGUCCUUUCUCGGAUAUCGUGGUCCUCCAUGCAAACCAAUGACACUAACAUGAAUGUAGGCUGGUGGUUCACUGUUAGUGUGUUCUCGUUCAGACGGUUGUAUGUGUAUGACAUAACGCAGAUAAAUAUACGGGACACCGUGCUCGGCUUCUAGUCAGUGACGUAUACUCAUGGGGGAGUUUAGUUCUAGUGCUAAUGCAAACAUAGGUUUGAGUGUAGUGGAGAUAUCGGUGAAUUCGGCCAAAAGCAAUCCGACUACGAAUUCGUUAUUCUACACCACACCUACGACGUCGUCGUCGUCGUCGCCGUCUUCAGCGACGUCGGGAAACGCCGUCGAUCAGACGAAGGUAUAUAAUUCAACAAUGCAAGAUGACCUUUCCGCCUCCGAAAAGAAUCAAGUAUCAAGUGUCUCUGUCAGUGGUGGUAACGCGGAAGAACUUUCGUUAGCGACGUCGUCCUCUUCGGUCGCGACGUCUGCGAUAGAUAAAAAUUCUAUUACAUCAGCUGCCGCUGCGGCUGCAGUUUCAAAAGACUGCGAAAAUUCCGUCAACGAUCUAUCCGAUAAAUUGAAUGAUCAAGUUUCGAGAAACUCUAAGACGGUACCAUCUUUACAACCUCUCUUUCAUCCAGCUGAAGCGAGUACGCCAGCUGGUGCGCUCUGGUCAACAGCUAUAGAAGAUGGAUAUGCACCAAAUUUCGCUAACGUUAAUGGAGGUAUGGGUUUUCAAAAUUUUUCUUCGUCAACUCAACAACAACAACUUUUCGGUGGUAACAACAUGAAUCAGAAUCACGUGAACCAAGGCCGAAGAGCAAUCACAGCUAGCCAUAAUUUUCCUCAUAAUAUGGCAAGACAGCAAUCGCUUUCAAAUCAUCCCUUGUAUAAAGGUUACGGAUCCUGGGCUAAUCCUCCCCCGGGUCAGAAUUGGUCCCCGGGUAAUUCUUCUGUGUGGAAUCGUGGUCGCAGUGUACCAAAUCUUCCUCCUCUGCAGCAAAUUGGGGUAGGAUUAGGCGGGGCGGGUCGGAAACCAAGUCCUACUUUUAAUCAACAGCAGGUUAUCUCCCCUGUAAAAUUUCGCAGAAGCACUUCUUAUCCGGGAAAAGGGCCUUUUCCACAGCCACCUACAUUCGAGAUCACCAACAUGGAUGAAGCCAGAGAACUGCUGCCCUAUCAGGAUCGUUGCGGAGUAGUUAGCGCAAAUGGUAACAGCCCUUUAGAAAAUAUGAGAGGACUGGAGCAUUAUUUGAAUGAUAUUAUGAGUCCACAAAGCAACACGACUGACAUGAAAGGUUUUAUUAACACUAAUAUGUUUCCAUCGUUACAGUUACAUGGUAAAUCGCACUAUUUUCCAAGUUUGGACGAUCAGGCUGGACCUGUCCUUUUAGAAGAACCUAGUCACCUAGUCGAUAGUACUUUAGGAACACAACCUUUGAGUUCGCCUUCAAGGUCUUCACCGCAUUCGCAGGGAUCCGAAGGCGGCGAGAGAUUUUCUAGGAAGGUUUUCGUUGGUGGACUUCCCCCAGAUAUAGACGAAGACGAAAUCACGGUCAGUUUUAGGAGAUUUGGACCUUUGGUAGUCGACUGGCCACAUAAAGCAGAAAGUAAAUCAUACUUCCCACCAAAAGGAUACGCUUUUUUAUUAUUUCAGGAUGAGAAUUCUGUACAAAGUUUAAUAGAUGCGUGUAUAACUGACGAAGAUAAAUUAUAUUUAUGCGUUUCGUCUCCUACAAUCAAAGACAAACCUGUACAAAUACGACCUUGGAGAUUAUCGGAUGCAGAUUUUGUUUUGGACGCAUCUAUGCCCUUAGACCCUAGGAAAACUGUGUUCGUCGGUGGUGUACCACGACCCCUUAAGGCUGUUGAAUUAGCUAUGAUAAUGGAUAGAUUAUAUGGAGGUGUAUGUUACGCUGGAAUAGACACAGAUCCGGAAUUAAAAUAUCCCAAAGGUGCUGGACGAGUAGCUUUUAGCAAUCAACAAAGUUAUAUAGCAGCGAUCAGCGCUAGAUUUGUACAAUUGCAACACGGCGACAUAGAUAAGAGGGUAGAAGUUAAACCAUACGUUCUUGAUGACCAAAUGUGUGAUGAAUGUCAGGGACAACGAUGUGGGGGAAAGUUUGCUCCAUUUUUCUGCGCAAACGUCACUUGUUUACAGUACUACUGUGAGCAUUGCUGGGCCACAAUACACUCUAGACCCGGCCGAGAGUUCCACAAGCCAUUAGUGAAGGAAGGGGCCGAUAGGCCCAGGGCUGUGCCAUUCCGUUGGUGUUAACGCAGGAGCGCUUAGUACUGCGGCCAAGGGUUGCGCCACUCUUUUAGCUUAUUACCAUACACUGUGGUAGCAGCCCUCCAAUGUAUUGCUUAGGCCAAAAUUUUAUAGUAGCAAUUAUACAAAUUUCGAGUAUAUUUGAGAUCAUGAAUAAGUCCGAUUACGAUUAGACGAUUUUAAUUAAACCAGGGUCUGAACAACUACAACGUACUUUUGACAGAAAUCUCCGACACUGGGUAUCUCUAAAUUAUAUUUUAGUCUUGAUAGAAAUGUUCGUGGGAAAUUUAUUGUAAUAACCUCCAAAUUUCAUAUGUCAAAGUGUCAUGACAAUCGGUUUACUAAAAUGUGUUACCUCGACAUAAAAAUAAACGUGUGAUGGCCUCUGUAUUUUGGUAAGUGGAUAAUUUUUUUUAUAGGCUGUUUUGCAUAGGGUUGAUAUCAAUAUCAUGAAUUGUUAGGAAUUAAGAUAAAAUUACGAAUCAUUUUUCAUACAUGAAGUCAAAUCUCAAAAAAAUUAGGAUAUACCCAGUGUUGCCAACUCGACGGAAAUCCAGGACACUAAAUCAAUAAAUAAGAUUUUAUAAACACAAAAAAAUUAACAGAUUAAGAAAAAAAACUAAAUUAAUUGUAGUAUUACCUUCUUUCUUUAUCGGUCAUACUUUUACCAUUGAUAUUUUUUUGCUAAGUGUAUUCGAGCCCGUAUCUUGUUUGGAAUUAGACAAAUAAUGAAUGCAACUCAUCCCUAAAUUUAAAGAUAUGAACUUUAUCUCUUAUCAAAUCCACGCUGUAUUACUUUCUGUACUUCGUUUAUUUGAGCUGCAUGUGAGAAACACUCAGUACGCAGGUCCUCAACAGAUUUUAGCGCGUCCAAGUUAGCUUCUUUGGCACUAGCGAAAAUCUAAUCUUAUUUCUCCUGAACUGUCAAAGUUGAAGUCAGAAAAACAGGUUUUACAAUAGAAUGCUUAUCGAAUAGAUGAUGUAUGGAGAUGUUUUUCUCAAUGGCCAGAUGGCCAAUGCAGUGGCAUCAUCUAAAAGGUCUUUUGAAGAAAUAUCAUCGUCAUAGAUAGACAAGAUAUGUUUAUUCAAAGGGUUAACGUCGCUGAAAUCAAAACUAUUAUCUAAAUAGUAGCAAAUUUUGUCUUAAAUAUUUGGAAAUCAGAAACUGCACUUUGAAAAAUGUCUAUUCUUGGCCAUUCUCAAAUGGGAACAAAAAAUUUUUAUUUUUUUGGUCUUUUAAACGUUUUCUGAAGAAAUCUAUUUAGUUUUUUUUAUGAUUGCGCAUAUAUUAGCAAGAAAGCAAGUAGAUAUUCAACAGUUUUGAGUGAUUAAAUAUUUCCGGUUGAUCUUUAUUCAAAUCUUCUAAGCUCAGCAGUUGUUUCAAUGCAAUGUUCUCAAGAGCUGGGCCUAAAGACAACCACCUUGAUACAUGUUCGACAAGCUCUUACUAUUGCAUUUCGACUUCCUUCACGAACUUUUUCAAAAUUUCCCUCCUGGGUAAAUUGUUGAAAGUGAUUUCGAUUCAGUAGCAAAGAAUAUAUUCUUCCGUUACUGCUUAACAACCAAACCUGGGACAAUAAUGGAUAUCGGGAAUGUUCCAGGAGAUCCUGGACUGUUGGUAACCGUGGGUAUACCCUUGAUUAGAACUUUAUUGGAAAUCAAAAUUCUCAUGUUAUAUCAAAACUAGCUUAAGGAUAUUUUUAUUCUUAUUGAUAAUUUCAAAGAUUUUUCUAUAUUUCCAGUAAUUGAUUUUUAUUGUUCUAAAAUAAAUUACCGACAUUGUUAUGAAAAACGAAUAUCGAACAAUACCUAUUGUUGUGACUUUUAUAAUAAGGCGGUGAAUCAUGUAUCGAACCAAUUUUUCCACAAAAGUCUUUAGUAGCUACAAACUUUAAAGAAAUAAGCGACUGCGUGCUUAGGAAAAAAGAAUAAUUGUAUUGGAAUCAUAAACGAAAACAUACUCCCUCACAAUAUUUUCAUACCCUUUUUAUAUGAAAAUAAGGAAGCAUUAAGAUACUCAGUGUCUUUUAGCAAUUUAGGAAUUCACAGUUUUAACAAUAAUUCUUUUAGAUGCGAUUCAAUCACUCUAAAUAUAGUGUAAUUACAUAUUUGCCAUAUAGUUGUAAAAUAUAAUGUGUGUAUAAUAAUUUAGAAGGUUUGCUAGUCACUUAUAGAGUUUGGCUAAAUACUAAUUGAAAGGUGCUUCCAUUGAUUCAUAUUCCAACUAUAAACAAAACAUUUAUUUACUGCUAAAGAAAUUUUUUUACUAUUUCCAGUUGAAAAUAGUAAAAAAGAAUUAUUUUCAAAUUUCCAAUAAGUUUUUUCUAUUUAACAAUAUUCUAUCAUAAUCUUUUGAUUUUUUGUUAUUUCAACUAUUUUUUUCAUGCAAUUUGAUUAUGAAAGUAACCCACAUAUUGCCGUCAAGGAAAAUCAGUGAUAUAUUUAAUUUCAACCCUUAUGUGCAGAUAUGUCAUUGUUUCUCUUAAAAUUGUUCUUUCUAGAAGACACAAACGUCGUCUGUUACUUAUUUCAGCUAUUUUAAAAUUUUCGCAUCUAAAUAAAUACAAAGGAAGAAAAGAGGACUUUGAAAGCUGUAACAUUAAUAUCAGAUAUAUUGUGAUUUAGGAUGUCAUGUGCACAACUACCCAAAGAAUCUAUUGCAUUGGUAGUUAGAAAUUACAUAACUGCUCUACCACUUUUGCUGCAACUGGCUUUGUUUCAUUUUUAGCUUUCCAAUUGCACAAGUUGAGCACCCAAUCGAGGUUAUGUUUCAAAUAGUUUUUAGAUCUGCGCGUCAAUCACGGUUGCGUCUCUCCUCGCUUCUCAAACACCUGAUAAAUAUUUGUGCAUCAUGAGCUACUAACUGUAGAAUUGAGGUUAUGUAAGUACAUAUCUAUUUCGAUUCACAUUUGUGGAUACAGAAACAAAUUCGGAAUAUUUCUAUUCUCCUAAUUUCUCAAUGAAGAAGACUAUAAAUGGGUCCAAGGAGGUAAUCUAUUGUAUAGUUACAAAGAAUCGCUUCCAUAAUAUUUGUAUUUUGUAUUUAAUUGAUCGACUAUCUUGUAUUUCGGAGACGGCAAUAAAUAAACAAAUGAUUUAUGUUUUAUCAUAAAUCGUGGCACAAAACUUGCCGAAGUUUGUUCCUAUAGAUUUUCCUAAGGCAGUUCUGAGUUGAACUACAGUUACUUUCGGAUUUCCCUGUAUAUAGGUGAAUUUUAUAUUUCUAUAGACAUAUUUCCAUUUGACGCAUCGUUGCAGAUAUGUCAUUAUUUUUUUGGAACAGAUACUGUGCAAAAUACAAAAUGUCUCAUUUAAAAAAAAAAUUUCUAGAAUGUCAAAUAUUGUUAAUUAGUAGGUAUACAACGGGUAGGUCUGUAAGGAAUGGACAUUAGAACAAUAUGUAAAAAUUGUAAAUUUUAAUUUGACAUACUGUAAAAUAACGAUUCUAAAAAGGGUUACUGUAAAUCAACAGAGAGAUAGACCAGACGAAGCAUGUGAUGCUGCCCAUGAAAAGUUUCAAAUUCUUCUUCAAUUGCGGUUUGGAGGUCGAGAAGGGUGCGUGGCUCUCUUGCAAAAAGAAAUCACAGGGUGUCAGGUCACAUGACCGUGCAGGCCACUCGUAACCCUCAAAAAAGUACGGACCCAUGAGGCCUCCCACAUGGAUAUCUAUAUAUUUAGGUUGCUAAGAUAGAUUUAAUGAAGUGGCUGCAAUCUUUUUAGAUCUACUAUUAAGUCUAAAUUACAUUGUUCGGUUUUAUUCUUCGUAUGAAGCCAUAAGACCGGAUCUUUUAUGUGUUCUUUGUCUAUUACCAAGCUUCUUAGUUUCUCUGAGGACAUAAUCUAUAAAAGAACUUAUCUGUCAACUUCAUCAAUUUCAGAUGCCCAGUUUUUCAGCUUUACUUGAUGGUUUAUUUUGGUGAUUUUUGUAAAAGAACUAUUUUUUCUUGUUCUGCUAGUACCAAGAACUACAAGUUUAUUAAAUUGUUGCAGUUUCUUCUUCUGAUAACAUUAUAGAAGAACUUAUCAGCUAAAUUCCUCAAUUUCAGAUGUACAGUUUUUGAGCUUUACUUCUUGGUUAAUUUUUGUGAUUUUUGUAAUAUGAACUAUUCUUUCUUAUUCUGCUAGUACCAAUAACUACACAUUUAUUAAACUGUUACAGUUUCUUCCUCUGGUGUCAUUACAGAAGAACUUAUCUGCCAACUUCAUCAAUUUUAGAUGCCAAGUUUUGAGCUUUACUUGUUGGUUAAUUAUGGUGAUUUUUGUAAAAUGAACUAUUUUUUCUUGUUCUUUUUAUAAAGCCUAGAAACUGGAUCUUUAAUGUAGUUCGUUGUCUUGUACCAAAAACAGUUUCUUCUUCUGAUGAUGUAAUAUAUAGAAGAAAUUGUAUGCCAACUUAAUUGAUUUCAGAUUUUCCAUUAACACUUUUGACUGUUUUUCAACUCUAUUUAUUGGUUAGUUGAUGAAUAUGAACUAUUUUUCUUAUCUUCACCAUAAAUAAAAUACACACAAAUAUUUUGAAAAGUGGAAUUGCCUUUCAAUUUGAUUUCUGUCGAGUAGAUAAGCAGUGUAACGACCUUUGGACAACAUUCAAAAUCUCAUAUUAAUACAUGUAACCAAAAUAUCUUUUUUAUGGCGCCUGGUGGUAGCGAACAUGUUUCACUGUCACAGCAUUGGUCUGGUCACAUGAGACGGCGUGCUACACUAAAAAAAAUAGAUAAUAGUUAAUUAUUAUAUGUAGCGCGACCUAGUCAGUUACUUCAGGGUAUUGUAAAUACUAUAGUCUAAUUGCAAACAUGAAAUCUCCUAAUAAAUUACUCACAAAAUAUAAUUUUUUUAAAAAAUUGUGAAAUUGUACUUCUCAAACAAAAUAUAAUACAAUUUAUUAUUUAUUUUGGUGAAGUUGAGUGAUUUGGUAUAUAGAAAAUUAUAUUGUGUGAGUAUCGGUUUGCUAAAAAAUAUUUCUAAAAUCAAAACUUAUUUCUAUUUAUUAUGGUCUAUUUGAUUAUAACAAGUUGUUGAUUAGGAGAUUUUGUGAAUAACCAUUGCUGGGCAGAGUAAAAAUCGCUUAAUAGUGUUGACCACUUAGCUCCAAGUACCUGACUACCCUGUAUCCUGCAAAAUUGCUUAUACACCUAAAUUCAUACACUCUAUCUUACAACUCUAGCGACAUGGUCCAUUAACUUUCCACACGAAUUUUGCUAUAUCUUUCUACUUGAUUUACCUUUUAUUAAACCAUUUAAUGGAUUUUUGAUAAUUUUACAGCAAUAUCAUUUUCACUGGUGUUUAAGUCAAAAUUUUUGAUCGAAUUUUUUACAAAAAGAUUAGAUACUUUUGAUAUAAAUUCUUUAAAAAAAUGUUUUGGCACCUGAAUCGUGAAUUUCACAAAAGGGUCAAAUAUCAACACCAAAGAAUAAUUAUAAGGGCUUAAACUUUAGUGUAAGUGUCUGAAAUUGCUUAUUUAAUCCAUUCUCCAUGUUCCAAACUUGUCUCAACCUUAAUAAUGUUUUUAGUUGCUCUUAAUAUAUAAACAUCUAAAGAGAGAAAACACUCUAAAAAUUAGUUGAAGUUAGAUAUAUUGAAUGGAUUAAAUAAAUGUGUUAACAUAAUUAUUAAAUUUGUGUAUAUAGUAUAAUCACUAACUUAAUUGAACGAUUUUUUCAUUAAAAAAUUGUAACCAUGUAAAUUUAAAGAGUGAGAUAAGAUCUCAAAAUUGUGUGCUGACAAAGCAUAUGAAAAAUUGUUAAUUUUAUUUUGAUUAAUUGUUUUCUAUAGUCUCAACAUUUUUAUUAACUAAAAUGUAAUAAAAUUAUUUGUUAAAUUCUUAGCUAAAUUUGUAUAUAUAAGGAAACAAGUUGAAACUAUUUAAUCGAUUCAUAUCAGAUGAUUAAGUACAAGAAUAGCGAAUCUAAAUGAAUUCCUUGUUUCUUUUUCUUUAAAUUCAAUUAAUCCGAAAUUAUAAUUUCUAAUUUUAUAACAAUUUAAAACAAUGAAAAGUUUUUAAAACUCAAAGGUUUUUCAAAUUGUACAACAAAUAGCUGAUUGUCAAUUUCAGCUACCCAACUUCAUAUAUUGAUAAUUUUUCGUUAAAAAACUUUUUCCUUUAUUGUAAUCCAAUAUGGCAUCCAUAAAGAAGCAACUUAGAAAAUACAGUGUAACUCAUUUAGAUUGAAAACGUGCAUGUGAACAUUUAAAUGUUUUUAUGAAAAAAAUCCUUUUUCCACCACUAAAUAGUAUCUUAAAAAUUGGAAAAGCAUUUAAAAUUCUACCCCGAAGGAGAUAUUUUACUAUUUGACACUAAAAAUGGGUAAAUAACAGAUUUUCCGACAUAAAUGUUUCACGAAAUACAAAAUAAAUUAUAAAUACAAAAAAAAUAAUUGAUGACAUUCAUAGAAAAGUUAAAACAUGAGAAAGUAUUGAAAAAUAAGGAAAUAAUUCCGUAUCUGCAUUAGAAUUUGGAGUUUCCGGUUUUAAAAAUAACCGGAUUAGUUGACUUGUGACUCGGUUUUGUAAAUCGGAUUUAUGGAUUACACGAAACGGCAGUUCCUCUAGAUUAUAAAAACAUCAGAUUUUAUAGAAAAAUAUGUUUUUCCCAAGUUAUCACUCGUAUAAGAUAACCUAACCCAAAAUUAAGUAAACCUAACCUAAUCAAAAUAUGAAUCCUUUCUCUUAACUACAUCAAGAAAUAUUUCCCAAUCCGAAUAUAAAUAAAUUUGAAUAAAUAAAAAUAUGGAUAAUUGUUUUCAACUUUUUUCUGCUGUUUAUUCAUAAAUCCAUUUUAAAAAACCGAACCGGAAGUCAAUCCAAUUAUUGAUAAAAUAGGAAGUACUAAUGCUAGUAGAUCGAUAAAUGGGUUCCUAAUAGCCCCGAGCCCAUGGGCGCAAGUUCCCAGGGGGCGCCCAGCCGAGAGAUUUAUGAAAAUAUUCUUAACUCAACAUCAGGUAUUGUAUUGAGUUCAUGUGGGUCAGAAAUUUGAAGCAGAUGAAUCAGCAACAAUGUAUAUGCUUUGCGGUAAUUCUCUGCGGGUUGGAUCGUUUUUUUUCAGCUCCACAAACGUGAGCUUACUAUUCAAUAUAUAAAAUUGCUAAAAGUGUUUCGAGAUAGCAAUUUAUUAACCUAGGACCAAGUAUAUUCGUCAAAAAAAUUAUAAACUUGCAUCGGGGAGUGCCUAAUAUAAUUCUUUAAUAAAGAUUGCUAGGAAAUUAACUUUAAACAGACUAAGAAGCGGAAAAAAUUAAUGGGUGUAGGGGCGCCAAAAUGCUAAAUCCAGCCCUGUUUACGACGUCUAAAAUUCUUAAUGAACGUGUUUUUAUUGUGAUUCUAAACCGGGCAGAUACGGAAGUACAGUAAAAAAUAAUUAAAAUAAAACUUGAAAUGAUAAAGUUAAAAUUCAAAUUGACACGGAAAAUAUAAUAACAUAAAAAUAAAUUUUAGAAUCAGAUGAACUAUUGGACAAUAGAAAUUUUGAAGCAGGAAAACUAUUUACCAAAAUUUACCAAAAUAAAAAUUGUACAAAGAAAAAAUAAUAUAGAAUUGAAGAGAAUAAUGACAAGAGCUAUAAUAAUCAAAUAAAAAGAAUGUCAUAUAACGACAAAUUUUUAAUGAAUUUAUUAAAGGCAUUCGAUUUAUUUACAAUAAAAUGAGAGUGAAAAUUGUACGUUUCAAAACUCAGUGUGUAUUUGAUUUGCACUGUAGUAUAUUUAUAUGUUGUGUAGUAGUUUCUAUAUCAACGAUGGCACAGGUCAAAUAUAUAAUUGGCUUAAAAUUAUCAUAAUUUUAGAAGCUUGUUUCCCACAAAAUUGCUAUAUUUUAUAAAAUUAUCGUUGUAAAUCUUGUUUCAAAAAAAUAAUAUAUUUUUUAACUCAAUUUUUCUUAUCUCUAUGAAAUUUAACAUUGAAUUGAUUUGUUUGAAUUUCCAAUAGGGUCGUUGCAUACUUUUUUUUAUACCUCAACUACGUUUUAAACUUCAUAAAAAAAGAAAUUUAAAUACCUGAAUGACGCGCCAAAACGCAUUUAUUGUCACAUGACUGAGUGUGACGUUGUGUGACAUAGAAAGUAUGUAAACUGCAACAUAAUACAAAUGUUCUACCAUCGAAAGCUUCGAUCAAAAUAUAACCUUCAAAGGUUUAUCUUUAUUACUACAUUUGAAUAAAGUUCAAGUAAGCAAAUGUGAUAACGACGUUACUAUAAGAAAGUCUAAUUAGUAUUACUUACGUAUCUGCUUUUACUUCACGUAUUUCAGCCGAAGUAAAUAAUUGAUUAUUAGCAAAGAAUGUAGCAGCCAUAAAUGCAUCUAUUUUAGGUAGAUUGUACGAUCUUGCUUCGAUAAAUCCUAAUUCGGCCAUCAUUUCAAUUAGAAUAGUCUUUGAAACCCUCACAAAACCACAAAUCGCACUAAACAAUUACCUCCACCAAAACAAGAGAAUGGCGUUUGAAAGGAGACACGCGCGACCACGUUUUAUUAUUUACUUACUUUCUACGUCGCAACCGUAGUAACCAAUAGAAACAUGAUUUCUGUCACGUGUAAUUUAUAUUUGCGAUUUAUAAUAUUUUAAGUUAUAAUACAAUUCAACAUAAAAUCAUAAAUAAGAAGUGAUACACAAAUUUUUAAAUAUGUUAAAUACCCAAUUUACCACUGCAAGGACCCUAUUGUAUAUGUGUUAAUCUGACUUGUUUAUAAAAACUUGAGAUAAGACAACACAGCAUAAAUAAAACAAAUGCCUCAAUUCUUACAUAUUUACCAUUCUAAAUCAUCAUUUUGCUGAAAACUGUUAUUACAAUACUGGAAUUGUUACAUAUAUAGUCAAAAUUAACGCAAGAUUUGAAUUGAAUAGAAAACACAGUUUUUAUAGAAAUAACAAAUGGGAUAAAUGGCUUUCGCGGCUAUGCAUACACGUACGCACUUGUUGAUCUAAAUUGUCCAUGAUCAUUCUGCAUAAAUAUGGCUAAAUUUCGUCUAAUCUCCUCCUGUAAUGCACGCGUGGUUGUGGGCUUAUCAUAGACAUGUGAUUUUAAUAACCCCAUAAAGAGUAAUCUAAUGGUGUUAAAUCACACUAUCGAUGAGGUUACUUCUAAUCACCGAAACGAAAGAGUACUUGACCUGGAAAUGUCUCAUGCAGUUAUUGAAGUGUCACCAUUUUGUUUAAACAACAUAUUUGCCACCAAAAUGUUCUUUACAUCCAUUGAACCAAACGUUACUAAAAGAGUACAACAGAUAUGGUCAGCUCACUUGAAGGAAAGCUAGAUGACUAUCGUUGGAGAUAACCAACAAAUUGAAGUUACGGGAAUCCAUUAAUGAAUGGAAUUUUAUCACACCAAUGCGGGGCAGCAACCUUUAAGUCACCAUAUUAACUGAUGGUAUUAUAAAACUUUUUUUAGAGAAAUAUUAAUAAGAAAAUAUUUUUAGACCUAAACACACACACAGUGGAUUCAUAUUUUGACAAAAAGCAUGGCAACAUUUUGAGUUUUAUUCAUCAAACAAUGACAAUCGAUAUACUUGAAAAACUUAAAAAAAUAUCAACGGCACACGUUAAAAAAGGCUAUAGUUAUUUUCAUAAAAAAAAUCCUUUUUUCAUUCUAUGCUUUUCUUUAAAAGUCUCAGGAUGGACUAAAAUUACGGACUCUUCCCUAAAAAGUUCAAUAGGAUGGAGAACGAGUCUCUGAGGAGGCCAAACCAUGUUUAUUAACACCCCUUGCGAUUCUUUAUCUUGUUGUUGGAAAAUAAAUCCAUUUGUAAUUAAUUGCAAAAAUUGUAAAAUUGCAAAAUUUAUUUGUACUGUUCCUUUUUGAUAAUUCCUUGUUUUGACAAUGUUGAUCAAAUCGCCAGGUCCAUGGCUUGAAAAGCAACCCAAGACCAUAAUUGAACCACCACUUUGGUUGAUUUUUGGGACUACACAGCCUGGCAUCAUCUUUUCUUGGUGACUGCGUCGGAACAAAAAACAUCUACUGCAUCCGUUUUUUCUUGUUUUGUGACCUUAGCAAAGGUUUUCAAACGGAGACGAAACCAUACAACAUCGCAUUUCUCAGUCGCCGUUUUGCUAUAGUAAGUAAUAAAGGUUUAUCUUGGGUUUUGUUUACUUCAACGUUUAUUUCUGGUGCUGUUAAGCAUCUAUUUCGUUUACUGGUAACAACAAUGAAAUAAUCUUCACUCUACGUGUUAGAUCUCGACCUUCCCGAGCGUGGAACUUCUUGAAAACUGCCUUCAUGCCAUGAACACAAGUCUUUGGUAAGAAUCUCACGUUAGGUUAUGUAAAACAAUGAUGUCUGAACACACCUCACUACUAAUUUUGCGGGCUUGUCCCAUUACAGAAACCACAAGUUUAGACUAAUUGAGAUUGUUUGUGAACAAACCCAUGCAACCAGGUUAGCACGUUUUUUAGAAGCUUAAUAAUCCUUAUUAUUGCCUGAUAGGAAAUAAAAUAAAAGCACAUCAUAAAAAUAUUAUUACGACUCCAGCACCUGGAUCUAACGCAGCGUUGGUCAGUGUUUGAAAACAAGAUUUGUUUAUUGGUCAAUGAAAGAAUGUCGAGUCUCUUCAUACUCGCUAUUUUUCCCAGAAUCUUCAUUUCACGUGUUAUUUUUUACUUCAAUUUUUUGGUUAACACCUAGGAUUCGCAACCAUAGAUCAGCAUUGGUAGUAGUAAUUUUUUUUUUUUGAAAACUACUCUAUACAUAUGUAGAUAUUGUCUUAUUCACCUUAUUGGCUACCUCUUCGUCAAUUCUUCCAUCUAGUCUUCAGCUUGAUGACGCUCUUCUUUCCUAGUUCUUGUCUUUGCACAUUUAUUUCUUCUGGUUUGUUUGAUAAUUCUGUAUUUUGUAUGUCGCAGAAAUGCAAUACAUGAUGAUUAAAUUGUUUGUUUCAUACUAAGGCCUCCAAUAGCUCAGUGCUUAUUCAACUUUGAAAAACAAGAUCCUGUACUGAUUAGACUAGAUUUUUGUGAAACGUUACAAGAAACGAAACCUCUCGGUCCCAAUUUUUUAAAAUGUAUUCCUUUUAUCAAUGGGGUCUCAUUUACUUUAUCAAUACAGUACACAAUUAUUGGUAAUUAAUUCAUAAUUUUUAAAUCAAAAUAUUCCGAAAACGGUACACAGUAUCGAGUUUUAUCAAGAGUAGCUUUUUGGUGUAAAAUUGAGUGACGUUUAAGUUCACUUGAAAUUUUAAUACAACUUGGUACGAACCAUGUAACUAGCACCCUCUAUGAGAGUCAGACAUAACUAACAAAUUCAUGGGAUGUAUCAACUUCCAGAACAUAUUCGUAUAAAAUUUAAUUCUAGUGUUGCAAGUAGUUACGGAAAAAUCGUCAAAAAUGUGUAUAAUUGUUUUUUCUUCAACGCCCUUUAUCUUUAAUACGAAUAGCGUUACGAAAUUUUUUUAAUGAGCAAACAGACGGGAGGAAAAAUACUUAUUAUUUUCUGUUUUGUUAAUAUUGUACUCGCAGCUUUUUAUUUACCGCCGCAGGUGAAAAUUAUUCAGUACGAGUACAAAUUUGAUUUAGAAAAAUAAAUAUGUGGAAAUGUAUGGCACAUAUAAUAAUAGUUAUUAUUUGUCAUGAGAAACUGUGAUGAGCUGUAAACCCAUUAAAGCGAAUGAACGUUGUUUUAAAAACAUUUCAAGUUAGGAUUACGAAUUAGGGUAUUUUUCUAUUUUGACUUGUAAAUAUGUAGGUACCAAAGAUGUUACAUGUUUCUACAUUGUUGAUGUGUAAAUGUAUUCCUAAACGACCAGGUAAAUUAAUUAUUAGGUAAUAACAGUUUGCUCAUUUAGAUAAAUUUCGAGUUGGAAGAUAUGUAAAAUUAAGGAUCAUGUUAUUUCGAUCUUGAAUUGCUUCCUGCUUAGUGUCCGCUAACCGUUGUCCACAUCCUUCAUAACUCACGAUCUGAUCUUUAAAUUCAUCCAUCAAACCAUAAAAUUAUUUUAAUUUUAAGUCAUUUCUAAUGAUGAGCAUGCAAAUUAUAAUUAUCAAAAGCUAUAUAUAGAGUUUUAUUCAUUUAAAUUAUCACGUGAAGAAUUUUUUUUGUACUUAUUUGAGUGUAAAUGAUACUUUUUAACAUUUUUUUCCUGUUUUUUUUUGAACUAUUAAUUUCUUAUAAAAUUUCUGGAUUUUAGAUCAGAUUAGAAAACAUCCAUCUAUUAUCAUGUGUGAUACUGAUAAACGUCUUAAAUGUAUUACCUAAAUCAAUUGCAUGGAUAUGUAUAGUAGUAUAUAUUAUAUAUAGUAUCAGCUAUUUUAAGACUUUGUAUUUUUUAAAUUUGAAUUUUUAUACUAAACUGUUAUAAAUGGUGACUAUGACUAGUACAGUUUUGAUGUGUGCAAUAAUUGAGUGGAACGAAUAAAUCGCAAAGAGCGAAUCGCUAAGUAGAGUUUUAUCUUUAUAACAACCGAAGAAAAUAGGUCAGUUGUUGAUACACCAUUACUUUUAACAUUUCCAACAAUGUUCUUCAAACAUCCAUAUAACAACUCACUUGUAAAGAUACCUAUAUCAAAUUUUUCAAUUAAAAAUUGUAUUGUAAUCUCCACAAAUAAUAUUAGCAAAAAUAUUCACAAAUCAAUUUUUCCCAAAUGCACCUAAAUCAUAAUUUAUAAGACAUCUAUUAUGAAUGACUUAUGAAUAUAACAAAAAUUUACCAAGUUCUGUUAUUAGUCCGGGAGGCAGAGGCUUUUUUUUCCAGGAAUUACAUCCCGUCUGAGUUUAAUCCUAUAGUCGACGAAACGUCAAUCAGUCCAAUUGUUCUUAUACUAUAUUUAUGUUGAUUUACCACAGAAAACAACCCUCAAUUGUGCGGCAGACGGGGGAUGAUGCGUCAGUCGCACAAAAAUAAUAAGAAUUUCAUCCCGCUUGAAGUUUUCCCGCAUGAUUUCAUAUAUACAUAGAAAUAUAAUAGGUUCGUUCCAACCCAUCAAAAAACAGCGACGAUUCUGCGCAUUACGUGUUCCAACCGUUAUACGAACGAUUCUGUUUUGUGCUCCAACCAAUUUAGUUUGUGAACCGAAGGAUUUAUGGUGGCGCCAUCUAUCGCGCUAACGAGAAAUCAUAUCGCAUAAUGUAAACAGAGGGAGAGGUAUGCAUAAAAUAUAUUGAAAUCGCGUUUAAUACUGCACAUAAACACAUUUAUAAAAUAAUAAUAAUAAAACGAUUGAAUACUUUAUAAACAUAUUCUUCACGCUAUCGUUAUGUAUGGUGUUGCCAUCUAGUGUCAAAUACAGAAGCUAAAAAUUACGAUACGAACGAAUCGGUCUGUAUCUUUUUUUAGAUAUUCCGGAUUUACUAUGUUUAACUGUACUUGGUUGAUAGUAAGUACUGUGCAUAGUUGAAGAAAAUAUUCAAACGCUUCCAGUAACCGUUCCAAGAGCGGUCCAGAUAACAAUCUAAUAAUGACCGUCAGCUGCCUGUCAUUGGAGAUAUGACCAUCAGUAAGGGCGGCACGCGAAAUUUUCUAACGACUGGCUGACUUCUUUUCCCUGAAUAGACAAGCUGUAGUCUAUUAUCACAUUUCUAUUUAUUUAAACUGUAAUGUUUUUUUUUUAAUUUCCUUUCUAAAUUGUUUUUCAGUAGUGGGGUAAAUAUCUACUCACUGUCUUUUACUUAGUUGAUUUAUUUUUACACUUACAUUGGAAAUAACUAACUUUUAUAAUAAUUAACUUAUCACUAUUUCUAUAAAUAAUUAAACUCUACUUUUCUGAUUUAUUUAAAUUCGCUGGUAAUUUUUCUAUUUCGUUUCUUUCACUAUGACUUUUUUUAAUAAACUAACUCUCGCUGCUAAACAAGCUCAAAUAUAUAUCAGAAAGGAAAUUCUAGAGUGAACAAAUAAAUAAAAAGGCCUUCGUAGAAAUCAUAUGAAAAAACAAAACAUCAAAGGAUCCGGCGUAUUCGUCAAAUUUUAGACUUCCGUUGUAACUGGCUUCACGGUCCAUGUCGUGGACGAGCUCGUAAAAAAACUAUGAUUCAUUAAUUUCAAAUGAGAUUUUUACGAUUCACUGAAGAUUCAUGGAAAUCAUGGGUUUUUUUUCGUUCCUCAUCAUCAGUAAAAACGCGAGAUUUUUACACAGUGAACAUGAGCAAUAUUUUGAAGAUACAGUAGUGACAGUGGAACCAUGGUGUAUUUGCAAUAAAACGACCAAAAACUAAACUUUUACUGCUGAUACAUUGCAGAAAUGUAAAAAUAGUUUAAAAAUUCAACAAGAUAAUAAUUUGGCAAUGAGUGUUGUCAAAGUACCGUUUGAGACCAAUGAAAUGCAAUAAUAUCAUUUCAAAUGCUACUGCGCAAUUAUUGUCCUUUCGUGGAACAAUUCUCGUCAAUUAACUGGAAUGUUAGAAAUAUUAAGUUGAUCAAAAAAACUGAAACAAAAAUUACUUUUCAAGUUUGUCACUUGAUUUCUGAUAUUCAAGUUAGAAAAUAUGAAUUUAAUCGGGAAGAAUUUACAAAACUCGAUGCAUGCUGGAACCAGAAAUAAUCAAAAAUUUUCUCUGGUAUCGUUUUUCAAUACAAAGCAGACUUAUCCGCAUCAUAGAUUUGUUCUACGGAUAAAUCGUUGAUAAUAUCCAUGAAUUUGUCCUGGAAUUGUUUUACGACGUCUUAGUUGUUUGACAAAUUCUCGCCGGUUGAAUCGAGUUGACGUAUUCCGUGUCUCUUUUCAGAAUUUUCCAACAACAUUUACUAGCAGAAAACUCUCCUCACCCAAAAGCCUUUCAUGAAAGUAUUUGGAUUUCUUCAUCAUAAUAUCGCCUAAUAAGGGAAAGUUCUAUGAACCAUGUAAACAAUGCAUUUUCGAAUUGUAGAUUUUCGAGCGUUUCUGUUGUCUUUCGAGCACCAGGACCUUUUCCAUAUUUCAGCGCAAGACAUACCUUGAUUCAAAAUUUCGUACUUCUCAGAAAUAGUCAGGAUAACGUAAUUCCUUUUCUUUUACUUCGAAGCCAUGAUGUAAAAACACAAAUAAGAAAUGCGUAUUAUAUCUGCUCGACGUUGGGUAAAUAAUUGGCGUGACAAGUGAAAAAGCGGAAAAACGAGUGGUGGGGCGUUCGGAUUAAAAUUAUCCUGCUGUAUGUAUAAAAUCAUGUGGGAUAAGAUAAUUUGAAAUUCAAAUUCUUUUGUCAAGUUCACGCGAUCGACUGACUCAUCAACCCCCAUCUGCUACACAAUUGCCAGUUGUUUUUGUGAACAAUUUUAAAUUAGAAAAAAAUUUUGACGAGUACAGCAACCUUCCACGCGCGUACCCACCGGUACUAUUACAACUCACUAUCGAUCGGUUUUGUCGACUACAACAUGCAGUAUUAACCUCAGCGGGGAUGAAAUUUCUCUAAAAAAAAAGCCUCUGCCUCCCACAUUAAAUGAUAAACAGUGAUAGUAUUAACAACGUUUGUUGAUAAAAUUUUCAAGAAAUUAAUUUAUCAUGUUACAGUUAACUAUAAAAUAAUAACUGGAAGUAUAUGGGUGUUUAUUGCAAAUUGUAGGGACUGUGUAAGUGGGUGCUGUAGGAAUUUACCUAAAAUUAUAUUGUUUUCUAGGUAAUUCUGUAAAUAGGCCAAGCGUUGAAGCAACAGCUAUGCACAUACAUUUGUAGUGCUGUGUUGAUGAAAUACUCAACCGCUUGGACAACCAUUUACAACAUGGUACAAAUAAGUAAUGAUAUGAUUUGUAAACAUUUACACUCUUUUUCUACUGUUUGUAUAUUUGCCUGCCUGCCCUGCUCGGGGGUGAGUAGAAUAAAUAUGGUGGAUUACCGACAUUUGUAUCAUAUUCUGUAGACCGUUGUAAUUUUUAUCUAUUCAUAUAACUUUUUAUCCAUUUUAUGAGAUUUAGAACUGUGUGGAACCUAAUAAUUUCAAACUGGUUUCACGCACUUCAUUUUUUUUAAUAUAUUAGUCUAUGUAUUUAUUGGGAAUCUUGAAAGUUGUAUAUUUUUUACUUUUCAUAACGUUUUGACAGGAGCUUUUUUACUUUGAAGAUUUUCAUUGUGAGAGGACCAGGAUUGCAGUCAAAUCACUUUGAUGCGGCAAUCAUCGGCCACUAUUUACAUUACCCAUUACAUGAAAACAGUUUAUAUCUACCAAAAAAUCACAAAUACAUUUCAUAUAACGUUCAACACACGACUCCACCCUAUUACAUUUUCACUAAAUCUUUAAAAAUUCACUAGAUUAAUGUAACUACUAAUUAAAACGCGCUUAUUCAAUUCUACUUCUUUUUUAACAUGAACAAUCGAGAUCGUAAACCUACUUAUUGACCUCCAUGAAGUUGGCUCCCCGAUUUAAUUAUUUUAAAAUUUUGUUAAUGCUAAUCAUUAAAGAGGAUAAAAAAGAAAAGAGGAAUAAGUUUUUAUAUUUCGUUGACGCGAUUCGUCUCGGAGACGCCACGGCCAGCCGUCGACGACCUCCGAAAAACUUUUCGAGGCGCGAACGUCAUCCAUUUCUCACUGAUGAGCUCGUAUUGAUAUACUAAGAGGAUUGCUUGUUCAAAUCUUCACAAAUUAGAUCCUUAAGGUUGCACGACGCGACGGGACCGCCAUCUAUUGAGCAAUCCUGACAACAAGGAGUUGACCAUGUUGUUGAUGCGUUUCGAAGAGAAAGCAUUGCUAAUGAUUAUUGUUUGAUGCGAGUAUGACUUUUUGACGGGAUAUAGUGAGACAUUAACUCAUCAUAACCGUGAACGCUAUCAGAAGAAAGUUGAGGAGCGUAGUUGUGACUCGUUUGAGGUGCGUUACGAAGAUAUGGAGAAAAAUAAGAGCCAGUGACCACGCAUGACCGAGAUAGACUGAAGUACCUAGAAAAAUUACAAGAGUUUAGAAGCUCACAAUUUCCUCACCUCUAACCUUGUAUUUCCUCCUCGUGUGAAAGUUUGUCAGGGGAACGUGUGGUAGUGCUUGGAAAGGUUCGUAUUUCCUCUUGUUAGUCUGGUAUCUGGAUUUAACUCUUAUUACAUUUUGUCUGAAUCUCCGAAUAACUUUUCUUCUCACUUUCAUUGCUUUCAAUUCUCCUAACUCAAUAUAUGUGUGUCCCCAAAUCUUUCUAUUCUAUGAAACAAUAUACAAUUGAAUAGUGUUUCUUUCUUUUCACUUCUAAUGAGUUCAAUUUCCCUGCUAAAAUGUAUGUCUUGCGUCCCUAGGAGUAAUUGAGUUUUUUCUUAGAUAUUUAGAUAUCGAACUAAUAAAUUCAGAGUCUCAAAUCAUCUUUGACAUUUCGAUAUUUUCUAUUUUCUUGAGCCAAAAGAUUUCUCCUGCAGCUAGCAUGCAAUAAAAUGACAUCAAAUGUCAAAUAAUGUUGCAAGUAUGAGAUCUUGCAUGAAAGAAUCAGCUGAACUUCAUCUGCGCAUGCUUUUGAUCAAGAAAUAUUGCGUUUUGCACAUAAUAUCAAGCGGCCUCAAUGAAAUCAGUGUACCUAAAUUUUGCAUAUCCAUUUCUCGGAUCUUUGUUUUACAUCAAUUUCAAAAAUACGACCGCCAAAAUUCAGAUGUAGACGUUUCAAUUAAAGUCUAUAAACUUAUUAGAGAAAACAAAAAUUGUUAGAAAGUAAUUAUUCCAUUUAAAAUUGGAUCAUAACCUAACCUAUAUCAGGGAGCAAACUUCAUGGAGUUAUCAAAUAAUCGUAAUAAUUGGACCGAGUCGGGUUAGGUUACCUAAUUAUUUAAUAUUAAUUAUUAAAAGUAUUUUUACAUAAAUCUUUUUCUCUCUUACGAUUAGCAUUAACUAAAUUUUUUAAUAAAAUUAAAUGAGGGGGCCAACUUCACUGAGGUUAAUUAUUGAUGAUGACAAGAUAGCGACAUUUUAUUAGGUCUGUUCAAUUAAAUUUUAAGUUUUGUUUUAAUAUUUCAUGAAUAAUAUGAAUAUAAAGUGAAUGGAGGUGGUGUCAGAUUUUUAAUAUUCGAUUUAUUGGUAAAUGAUAAUUUCAUUUGGGAAUGUAAAUAUUUGUUCGAGCAAUCAGCCCGUCACCAUAAAAUUAAUACCAGUAUCAUGGGUAUUGAUUGUCGAUUACGUAGUUACCAUUAGUGCAAUAUAAUCGGGCUGUGCCUAUUGUGGAUUUAGCCCACCUAGGGAUAGUCAAUUUUUUUUAUUAAUCUUAUUGUUAGCCGAUUGGUUUUUCGGUUUUUGUCCGUUCAGUCCAUUGGCUCUUUGACUAAGCACCAAAGUAAAGUUAUUAUUUCGUUAUUUUUUGUAACUGUGUUUUUAAAAAUAUUUAAAUUGUUUUUAUAAUUAUUUUAUACACUUUUAUAUGUUUGUUAGUGAAUUUGAGGUAAGGUUUGUACAACUUCUUGGGAAGUUCCUCGUUUACUAUUUUUGUUAGAUUUCAGACUUUUUAUGUUUUUUUUAUAAAUAUAUAUGAAAUAUCAA